UGACAACGGAAGUAGAGUAAUUAAAGUGGUUGUUAGUAUUUGUUAAAGUACUAUUAACUGAGCUGGGUUUGGCCAUUUAUUUUAAACAAAAAUAGUAUAUACCUAUGAUACAAAAUAUACUUCUUCAGAUUGAGGAAUAAAUUAAGCUCUACUUACAUAUAGUUUGCAAAACUUAUGUCCCAAAGGCUAAAUCAACUUCUACCUCAGUCUCUUUUGCAAAAAACAUGUAAUGGAUCUAUUCCAACUUUCAAGUCCUACAUCAUCUGUGACAACACUCAGGAAUAUAAACUUGAUUCACAGAAUAGCAGCACAAACAAUAGUGAAGAUCAGGUAAAGAAUUUAAGAAGGCCAACAAUUAUUAAGUCAAAAACAGGUCAGCUGAAAAGAAAAAAGGCUCCUCCUAGACCUCCUCCACCAAAGACUGGCAGCACCUCUAGAUCAACAAAUAUAUCUGUUAAACCAGCCACAUCAGAGAAGAAUGAUUAUCUAUCUGAGUUAGAAGCCAUCUUUGCUCCAAAAAAAGAAAUCAAUACAAAUUUGGACAGAUCAUCUUUCUUGAAACAAAAUGAUACAGUAGUUACAUCAAAUGUGCCUAAACCAGCAUUUCGUUACUCAAAGAAAGGUCACACUCCUCAUCACUGUCCAAGAAAUAUUGAUGUUGGCAUAACCUCAAGCACCUCUUCGUCUAGUCCAGAUUAUCAUCUUGUGUCUGUCAGUGCCAGUUGUAGAUCAACUUCUUUAGUUGAUGUGUCAGCUUUAUCUUGCUUAAACUCUAAACCUAAAACAUACAAUGUGUAUAAUCAGGAAGAGAAGAAAAGUCAAGAAAACCUGUUAGACUUAAAUAAUACAUACAGUAUUAAUGAGUAUUUACUAUUAGAAGGGGCUAGUGCAAAGUUGCAAGUUCCAUUUCAGUCAGGUAAUGUACUCCCAGAAAAACAUUUAUUAACCCCAGGCUCUUCCACCUGUCUUUCUAAAGACACUAAUGGAUCUUGUACAUCACCUUAUGCAGCAAACAACAAAAAUGAUGAGUCAUAUUUAAAUCAUAGCAGUGUUGCUCAACUUGAAAAGUAUUUUCCUGUGUCUAAUAUUCCUAAGAAAGUGCCAAAUGAAUCCAAAAUUUCAAGUUCGUAUGUCAGUUCCUACCAAGGUGUAUGGCCCCCUGUUCCUAUUAGUUUUGAAGACUCCAGUAGUAUGUGUCAAUCAUCAAUAGAUACAAAAGCCAAAGAAAAAAGGUCAUCAGUUAAAACUGUAUGUUCAACUAGGACCUCAACAAAGGAAGAAAAAGCAUUCCAUCAUACAUCUUCUCUUUCUAUACCUCAAAACCUUCCACCCACUUUUCAUAAUGUUCCUGAUGGGAAUAUGCCUGGAAAUACAGGAAAUUUAGAUAGAUUGAGAAAGUGUAAAACCCUUUAUAGCUUCAAAGGUGAAAGCCCUGAUGAAUUAACAUUCAAAGAAGGGGAUGUGAUCUUAUUUGAAGAGAAAAUAAAUGAAGAAUGGUGGAUGGGUUAUCUUGGUGAUCAACAAGGUAUUUUUCCAUCAUCAUACGUAGUGAUGGAAGGUACUGAUGAUUUCAUGAGUACAGAUGUUAAUAGUACAGAAGGAUCUACAACAUGCACAGUUGUGGCACUGUAUGACUAUAAAAGAGAAGAUGAGAGAGAUUUGACCUUUAAAAAAGGUGAUAAAAUCGAGGUUAGAGCCCGUAUUAAUAAGGACUGGUUGUAUGGUGAGUUUCAAGGUCUGAAAGGACAUUUUCCAGAAUCUUUUGUAUAUAAACCUUCCCAAGAGACAGUAGAACUGCCAAUUGGUAAGGUGUAUCUUGCAAAGUAUUCAUUUCAAGGAGAAAACAGCAGUGAACUGACAUUUAAUCAGGGUGAAACAAUUCUUUGUACAGGAAUUGUUAACGCUGACUGGUGGCAAGGAAAAUUAGCCAAAGAUACAACGGGAAAAGAAGGAAUGUUCCCCUCAUCAUUUGUUGAAAUACUGGCUUAAUAUUUUACAUAAAGUUCAAGAAGGAACCAACAAAUAUCUGACUCUGGUGAUACACGUGUUCCAUAUUUUUAUGUAUUUUUAGAUAAAAAUAUUCAAAAUCUCUAUUAUAAUGCUGUCUUGUGUUUAUAUCACUAUGUUUCACUUACAGAACAAAUCUAUUAACUCCAUGUGACUGUGUGAGAAUAGAGGUGAUGUUUUAUUUUGUAAAAGAUAGUCUUAUUGUUAAAUGCUCAAAAAAAAUUAAAUUUUUAUUAACUAUAUAAUGUAUAAAAUACUUUAAAAAUGUCAUGUUUUGAUAAAUUAGCUCUUAAAUACUUAAUGACAUGAAUACAUUUCAAUAUUUCAUAUCUUUUGAAAUUUAGAGAAAUAUUGUAGUUGUGGAGAAAAAUUGGCAUUUGAUUUUGACUAAAAUUUAAAAAUGUAGGAAUUAAAUAUUAUAUUUUUGAUUUAAUUUAAACAGAGUAACUUAAUUUAUGAGAAUAUAACAUUUUAACACUGUUUUAGUUUCUACUAUGUAUUAUUUUUUUAAUGAUUUUAAGGCAGUUUUCCUAAAUAUUCAUGUAAAAAGUUAAAACCAAUUGAAAAAUUUCAUAUUGACAGUAAUGAUAAAAGCUUUUUUAUCAGUGGUUAAAUAUACUACUGGUAAUACAACAUAUAAUUCUGUUUUACAUGUUCAAAAUCCCUUUGCAAAUGUGACAGAAAUAUUUAUGAUUUCAAAGUAAUGCUAAUAUAGUUGUAAUAAAGUUAACACAUCUUAGGAAAGUACAUGUGUUUAUGCAUCAAGAUCAUCUGUCUUUUUGCACUUUGUCUGAAAUGGAAUUUAAUGUUAUGCCUUAUGUAUAAGUUUUAAUUAAACUUCAUGAGAUAAUCUGUUAUCAAUUAAUAGUAUGUGUAAUCCUUUAAAAUGAUUUUAUAAAAAUAUGAAAUCUAACUUUGAAGCAUGUAAAAUUUUAAAGUAAAAUUGUAAAUUUUGUCAUUGAGAUAAGCAGUAAGUUGUAGAUAUUGCCACAUUUAUUCUAGUCUUUGAAUCAUACAAUUUAGUUAAAAUCACAUACAAAGUUUGCUUUCAUUUGUGGUAGGAAUGUCUAAUUUUACUUCAAAAUGUUCUGUACAAGACAUCUUAACUAAGACUGAAAUUAUAUUUUCAACUUAAUUUUUAUCCAAAUGAUUUGUUCUGUGAUUUACUGCAGUUUCUGUUUGAAAAUACUCGUGCUGCAUCUUGUCAUUUAUGGAAAUACAUUAUAAUCAAAAUAUUAUAUUGAUUAGACUUUGAUUAUUUUUACUGAUGUUUAUUUUUGUCAUUUUUGUUUACAC